AUACCACACGACGAACCAGCAGUCCGUCUUCUGCUGCGACGAACCUCCUCGAGACUACUCCGAAACCACUCGAGCAGAGACGACAGCCAGCCAUCACAACAACUCCUGAUCCGACACAAUGGCACAAACACCACAACAACGGAGAGCGAACAACGCAUAUGCUGCUCGCGAACAAAAGAAGAUGGGAGCUCCACAGGAGGUUCGAGAGUCAUUACAGGCUGCAAGCACAAAGGCCGCGAAGAAGGUCGAGAAGGCCCCUAUAAGCAAGGGAUGGCUAUAUCUCAUGGUCUUCGUUGUCUGCGGCGGCUUGAUCUUCGAGCUUCUCCGCAUUAUCUUCAGCUACUUUUAAUCAAUCAACUGAACUGCGAUUUGCAACAGUCCCAGGCGGACAUCAGAAACUGGUGGUCGAGUUCGAAUUGUACUAGCCUAUAUGCGAGCAUACGAUUCAUCUUGACCGAACUGAGAUCUUAUAAGCUUGAAGCAUGGCUGGAUUAUAGGAGAGGUGUAAAGGAUCUGGCACAAAAAGCAUUCGGGGAACAUGGGCUGAAUCAGCGAUGGUUUCAUUUCAGGCUCAACAUUCACCACAGUUCAAUGAGCAUUUCAACACCAACCCCCAACGUGUUCUGCAGAGCUCAUACUAUCCGCCGCACCUUUGAAGAGGAGACCUCUCUUCACGAUUAAGC